UCUGUGUCUAUAGAUCUUUUGUAGUAUAUUUUUCAUACUUUGAUAACUAAAUCAUUACAUAUCAAUUUCCCUUCGCUUCUCUUAAAAUCAGUUUCUCUUGUUAAUGCAGUCGGUGUUACUGUCCAUGGUUCUGAAUAUCACAAUCUCCAUUUCUACCCACUUCAUAUUCCGAAUCUUUUCUAUAAGUCUCGUGGACAGUUUACACAUCAAAAAAAAAAAAAAAAACUCAGUUUUGACCAGAAAAGGUUUUUUGCCAAUAAUAUACUUUGUCGUCUCGAGUUUAAAAAGUAUUAUUUAAAUAUUUUAUCAAACAAAGUGGAAGUUAUUUGUUUAGACUAAUAGUUAACCUUGCCACUGGCUUUCUGACUGCAAAGAUGUUUAGUAAAGAGACAGUUUAAUAAACACAGUGAUAUAUACAAUCAUUCUUCCUAAAGACGUCUAAAACCUUCCUAGCUAAAUAUGAUGUUUCAUAUCUAUGUGCCAUUACGAAACGGUCAUGUGUCUAAUCAAUUCAGUUUAUAACCACAAUGCACUUGCUCCUCACAUCAUCUCACAACAAAGAAGAGUGCAUACACGCUUUGUACAAAUUGCUGAAGACAUUUAUUAAUGUUUAAAUGAGGUAAUUUAAAUAGGGAAAUUUAGCCUACACUACAGAACCCACUGAAUUAAUCACCUACUAUUGUGAAGUUACACAUUGUGAAAAUGUGAACUCAUUUCUCGUUGUAUAAUUUAAAAUUCGUUAAAACUUGACAGUAUUAUUGUUUUUCCUUCAGGAAGUUCCAAAUGUAGAAAUGGAAGGGGUACUUGCUUGCCUGUCAACAAAGUAAUAGACUAGGUUAUUAUCAUUUUAAAUAAGAUAAUAUAGAGAGGACAAAAGAGCUUUUAACGUCUUUUAAAAUAGUUAUUUAGGUAAAUAUAAAGAUUAUUUAAAGUGAUCUAUGAAGUUUUUCCCUUUUUUUUACAAAAGUAAGGGCUCUAAUUAUUAAACAUAGAGUGACUACUUGCUGGGGGGAACUGAAAAGUCUGUUAGGCAUUAAACAAAGAAUAAAAGCUACUAUAACAACAGACAUGAUUUUCAUAGUCAUAUUUCUAAUGUAUCUAUCUUAUUUAUUGAAUAUUAAAUUGAAUGCAGAUUUAAAAACUAAAUAACAGUUGCUUACAGAAAAAGCGAUGUGUUGUUUCCUUUCAGUGGAAUUGGAAUUGAAUUUUAUAUACUCAGAAUCUUUAAAUGCACUUUUCUCACUUUUUUCAUCUUGGGUAUCAUGCGGUUGUCAGAACUAAAUUUACUAGAAAUAUCAAAAUUUCAUUAUGUGAAGCAUUUCCCCGUAUCCACCAUAUCCACCAUAUGUGUAACUUCUCCUGUGGAUUGAAAUAUUAUUAUUAUUAUUAGUAGUAGUAUUAGUUUAGUUUAGUUUUGCAAUACAAUCGUUGGAUUUGUGUUCAUCACUGUGUUACGCACUGAUGACAGUGGCACCACUUCUCCACGUGGUGUCUCUAGCUACCUGCAGUUGGAUGGUUAUAUAUAUAUUUUUUCGGAGGCUCCUCCCUUCAGGCUAGGUCCCUCCUCCACACAGAGGGCUUUGUUCCGGAGAUGCGACGAACCUUGGAUUAUAGUUUCCCUCUUAGUAAUUUAUAUUUCGUCGCAUUCCAGAUCGGUGUUGCUUAUGUUUUCCAAAGAUAUCUGUGGCACUUCGGAUUAUGGCGGCACUGAAGGGGAAUAACUGUGUCAUUCUGUGGGUGUUUGGCGUUUCAUUGUGUUGGAGUUGGACUAUAGUGGACGGGCAGAUUGCAUACGUUGUUUUGGAGGAGGCGAGCCCAGGAACAGAAAUCGGAAAUCUAGCAAAGGAUUUAAAUCUAAAUGUGCAAGACCUCGGACAUCGAGGAUUUGAAAUCGUUCCGGGACCAAAUAAGAGGUAUUUUGGCGUUAAUUUAAAGACGGGGAUUUUACACGUUAAAGAAAGAAUAGACCGAGAGGAGCUCUGCAACCGAGACGCAAAAUGUUCACUGGAAUUAGAGGCGAUUGUUAACUCUCCGUUAAACAUGUAUCGGUUUGAAGUUAACGUCGUAGAUAUUAACGACAAUACGCCAACAUUUCCGGUGUCUAAAACAGGACUGAAUAUUUCAGAAUCAGCAUUUCCAGGUGAGAGGUUUCUAUUACCAAUUGCGUCUGAUGCAGAUGUGGGCAGUCACGCAGUAAAGAGUUACAAGCUUAGCCAAAAUGAACACUUUUCUCUAGAUGUCCAGAGCAAUGAAGAGCAAAGUGUGUCUGCUGAAUUAGUUUUACAGAAAGCUUUAGACCGAGAGAAACAGCCUGUGAUUCAGCUCAUACUGACUGCUGUAGAUGGAGGAAAACCUCCGAGAUCCGGCACUUUGCAGAUAAUCAUAAGUGUUGAGGAUGUAAAUGAUAAUGUUCCAGUCUUUAGUAAGGCUCUUUACAAAGCCCGUGUCACCGAAAACUCUCCACGUGGUACAUUGGUUAUUUCGGUUCAUGCUACUGAUAUAGACGAGGGCAAAAACGGAGAGAUCGUGUAUUCUUUUGCCAAUCAGAACGAUAAGCAUGUUCAAGCAUUUUCGAUUGAGCCAGAUACUGGGCUGAUUACAGUACAGGGUGUUGUCGAUUUUGAGACAAAAAAUGCAGUGGAAAUUCGUGUUCAGGCUAAAGAUAAAGGAGAUAAACCACGAUCAGCAUUAUGUAAAGUUUUAGUAGAAAUCGUUGACAUUAACGAUAAUGUUCCAGAGAUCUCCGUUAAUUCGUUGGUUAACAUGAUUAAAGAGGACGCUCCCGCUGGUACGAUGGUUGGUUUGAUAACAGUGAAAGAUAGCGAUGCUGGUAAAAAUGGUGCUGUAAAUCUUAAAAUUCACAAUUCUGUACCGUUUAAAAUCCAGCACACUUACAAAAAUAAAUAUUCUAUAGUAGUGGAUGGCUCACUAGAUAGAGAGAGCGUGUCUCAAUAUAAUAUAACUCUCAUAGCUACUGAUGAAGGGACUCCACCUCUGUCCAGCACCUCUGUCAUUACUGUACACAUUUCUGAUGUAAAUGACAACGCGCCACGAUUUCAAGACACCAUAAUUAAUGUGCAUGUGAAAGAAAACAGUCAGGUUGGAGCUGUUAUUUAUACAGUAUCUGCUUUUGAUCCUGAUGUUGGUGAUAAUGCCAGGAUUUCUUAUUCAUUACUGGAAAGCUCGAAAAGUAUUCCUCUGUCAUCCAUGAUAAACAUAAACUCUGACAGUGGAGAUAUUUACAGUCUGCAGUCAUUUAACUAUGAGGAAAUGAAAAACAUUUCAGUUUAAAGUUCAGGCCACAGACUCUGGUGUUCCUCCACUGAGCAGUAACGUGACUGUGAAUGUUUUUAUCCUGGAUGAGAAUGACAACAGUCCCGGGAUUCUCGCUCCCUAUUCUGAUCACGGAUCUGUUCACACUGAGAA